CAUACACACACCUGCACACGAGCAUGAGCGUUUCAAAAUAAAAAUAUUGUUAAAGUAUAAAAUUCUAUAGAUUUACAUAUAAUAUAGAAUUAGUAUGUGGGAUUUUUGUUAAAUUUCAAAUGCAGUGUUUUUCAGUCAGUUUACGAACGCGAGCUAAGACCGGUGCAGUGAUUGUGGCGUAUAGCGAGGGGUUAACACAAUUUUUUUCUGAAAAAAAAGUUCUAAAAACGUGUCAAAUCAUUUAUUUGAGCUAUUUUACAUGCAAAUAAUGUUCAGUUGGCGAUUUGCAACGUAAAAUAAUUGCCGUUAAAUUAAAUAAAAGCACGAAAUCUGCCACAAGUGUGUACCAUUUUUGUCUUGGUCCAGCAUCAAAAGUGAGUUAAUACGGUUACAUCAGCAGCUGAAUGAAACAUAUUGGAAUUCUACUGAAUUAACGCUGAGUAUUUUUUAUUAAAAACAUUACACUUUGAAACAUCGAAACAAUGGGUUUAGGUAAAACUACAGCGAAGCAUUUGUUGUUGUUGCUAAAUUUUAUAUUUACGCUACUCGGCAUUGUUUUAAUCGCAUUCGGGAUUUUCGUAUUGGUCAGCGCUGCCAACAACAACAUCGAUCAUGGUGAAAGCCUAGCCGGUGGACUCAUAAUUACUUUGGGUAUUAUUAUUGUGGUGAUUUCGAUAUUCGGUUGCUUGGCGGCGAUACACGAGUCACGCAAAAAAUUGAUUGUUUACAUCAUCAGUGUGAUAGUGUUGAUACUGUUACAACUCAUUUUGGCUGCGACGGCUUCGCAAGGCACCAGAGAUGGUUUGUCGGGCAGCGUGCACGACGGCUUCGAGGAGUUGUGGAAAUACGAACUGAAAGAGCCCGGCGCCUUGGCAUACUACGAGAAUUGGUUGCACUGUUGUGGUGUCAACAACACCGAUGACUAUCACCGCAUACAACACGACAUUCCGCGCACGUGCUGUAAGGACCGCAACUGUCAAAUUGUCGACAACAUUUACACGGAGGGCUGUCAGUCGAAGUUCGAGUCAUAUCUGUCGGGCAAGUUGCUCAUGUUCAGUGUGGUCAGUUGGAUUUUGAUUAUUGGCGAGAUCUUUGGCGCCGUGCUGGCUUGGAUGUUGUACAGUAGUGUGAAAAACGAAAGCAGACGAAAUCUACGUUGGAUGUAGUGCAUUUCAAGAACUUUAAAUCAAUAUUUUUUCAAACGAGUGUAGUUUAUUAAGCGAUUUGCAAUAUUUAUACUUAACUAGUGUGUGCCGCACAUAACGACUGUACCUAAUGUUAUUUUUUUAAUUGUUCAAAAUGAAAUUAAAUUAUUAUUUUACAACUAACUAGUCAAAUGGUGAAAAUAAAAAGUUUUAAUACCA